CGCCGUGGCAAUUUUGGUAAUUAUGAAAAGAAGAUAAAAGUGAAAGAGAGAGACUAUUGCAAAGUGAGAGCUGAGUUUCGACGAACUUUGAAGAAGAAGAAGAACGAUGCCGAAGAGAACGACGCACACGUACUCGAGCGAGGACGCAGCGCCGGAUGGACCCGACUCUGAUCUCUUCGUUUACUACUGCAAGCACUGUGGUUCUCAUGUCCUUAUCACCGAUACCCAGUUGCAGAAGAUGCCAAAAAGGAAGACCGACAGAUCGAAUGUACUUGACAAGAAGAAGCAUCUUGCUAGGUUGAAUGUCAGCGAGGGAGGAAAAGUUUUAUUGAAACGUGGCGAAGGAAAAAUGGAGAGACAGUUUAGAAUGAACUGUAUCGGUUGUGAGCUUUUUGUUUGUUAUCGUGCUGAAGAGAAUCUGGAAACAACGUCUUUCAUUUACAUUGUUGAUGGAGCACUUAGUGCUGUUGCUGCAGAAACUAACCCACAGGAUGCACCUGUACCUCCCUGCAUUUCACAACUCGACGGUGGACUUGUUCAGGUUGCAAUAGAAGUGGAAGACCGUGCACAACGUUCUGCAAUCACAAGGGUAAAUGCUGAUGAUGUUCGUGUGACUGUUGCCGCACCAGCAGCUCGUGGGGAAGCUAACAACGAGCUUCUGGAAUUCAUGGGAAGGGUUCUUGGUUUAAGGUUGAGCCAGAUGACUCUCCAAAGAGGUUGGAAUAGCAAAUCAAAACUCCUUGUGGUGGAGGAUUUAUCUGCUAGACAAGUGUAUGAGAAGCUUCUUGAGGCCGUUGUACCGUAAAGUCUGCAGUUUGUGGCUGGUGAACGACUAACUGAAGCUCUGCAACUCUUUCGUUAACACCCUUUAUUGGUUUGUUGCAGAGAAUACCGAGUUUCAUAUUUUACUUGAGAAGAUAGUUAUAAACAAUUUACUUUCUUCUUUGUUUUCAUGCUUAUGCGACCACUAGUCUUUAUACAAUCCCCUAUUAUUAAAGUUAUUAUAAUUGUCUUUUGUUCCUUCA